CUUCUGCUGAAUCGGUGUCUGUCUCUUUGUCCACAUCCCAAACUGGUUUCCCCUUCUUCAAUACAAAAAUAUAACAAAAUAUGUUAUUUGCUGUGCUAACUCUGCUAGCCCUGCCGCUGCUCGUGCUGGUGUACUUUGAACUGAAGGUGUCGCGUCGCCGUCGCAUGUUAAAGGCGUUCAGUGGACCCGCUCCGGUGCCGGUGCUAGGAAAUGCCAAUCGUAUUGGCAAAAAUCCGGCAGAAAUUCUUAAUACGUUCUCCGAUUGGUGGUACGACUCGGGCCGCGAUAACUUUCUCAUCUGGAUCGGGUAUUCAUCACACAUAAUCGUGACCAAUCCAAAGCAACUUGAGUACAUUCUCAAUAGCCAGCAGCUCAUCCAGAAGUCCACCAUCUAUGAUCUAUUGCAUCCAUGGCUGGGCUAUGGCCUUCUUACGAGCUACGGCAGCAAGUGGCACAAGCAUCGCAAGAUGAUCACACCCUCGUUCCACUUCAACAUCCUGCAGGACUUCCAUGAGGUGAUGAAUGAGAACUCCACCAAGUUCAUGGCGCAGCUUAGGAAGGCGGCUGCCGGGGACCGUAUCAUUGACUUUCAGGAGCACUCCAAUUACCUUACCUUGGAUGUGAUCUGUGACACGGCAAUGGGAGUUCCCAUAAAUGCCAUGGAGCAGCGGGACUCCUCCAUUGUCCAGGCCUUUAGAGACAUGUGCUACACCAUUAAUAUGCGGGCCUUUCAUCCCUUCAAGAGGUCGCAUCGGAUCUUCAGCCUGUCCCCAGAGUUUGGAGCCUUUCAGCGAUCCCUGAAGACACUGCAGGACUUCACCUAUGACAUCAUAGAGAAGCGUGUAGAGACUCUGCAAAAGGGAGGUUCAAAGAAAGAGCAGGAUCCAACUGCCCCAAGGAAGAAAAUGGCUUUUCUGGACACAUUGUUGUCCUCCAGCAUUGAUGGUCGUCCGCUGACACGGCAGGAGAUCUACGAGGAGGUGUCAACUUUCAUGUUCGAGGGUCACGACACAACCACCUCGGGCGUGUCCUUUUCUGGCUACCUGCUCUCCCGACAUCCUGAUGUCCAGCGAAAACUCUACCAGGAGCAGUGUGAGGUCAUGGGUAAUGAUAUGAACAGGGAUGCCAGUUUCCAAGAGAUUGCCAAAAUGAAAUAUCUGGAUCUGUUUAUCAAGGAAGCACAGCGCGUCUAUCCCAGUGUUCCAUUUAUAGGACGCUUUUGCGACAAGGACUAUGAUAUCAAUGGAACUAUCGUGCCCCAGGGAACCACUCUCAUUAUGUCCCUCUUCCUGAUGGGCUACAACGAUCGCGUUUUCAAGGAUCCCCAUCACUUUCGGCCCGAGAGAUUCGAGGAGGAGAAACCUGGUCCCUUUGAGUAUGUACCCUUUAGUGCUGGACCCCGCAAUUGCAUUGGCCAGAAGUUUGCCCUACUGGAGCUGAAAACCGUGAUCUCGAAGCUGGUGCGUUCCUUUGAAGUGUUACCAGCAGUGGAUGAACUUGUCUCCAUGGAUGGGCGGAUAAACACCUACCUGGGACUCUCGCCAGGUGAGAAAUUAAAGCGGGAGGCCGGCCGCCACAAAUACGAUCCAGUUCUAUCGGCGGUCCUAACCCUCAAGUCAGACAAUGGCCUACAUCUUCGCCUCCGUGAGCGACAGCUCUGAUUGGGAAGUUACUUUAAAUAUUAGCUUACUUAAAAACACAGUUGGUCUAUAAUAUAAAAUCAUAAUAAAUAA